AUGUCCAAUGUUGACCAUGCUGUUUCUCUUGCUGCCUUCAACCAGUGCGAUGGGAAAUUCCUGUCUUAGCAGACAGCUGUGAGGGACCUUGCAAAGCAAAUUCAUGCUUUGCCAACCAAAGUGAUUGUGUCAGAAGGAGGGACCUGGUUCUUGACUCUGAGCAAAAGCUUGGAUCAGCUUGUGAAGACCCCAAAAUGCAAUUUGACUGUCCACCCACAUCUGAAGGUGAUGGUGGUGAUUCUGCGCAAGGCGACUCAGAACCCAGAUCUCACACGCUCUAUUGUCACUUCCCCGGGCAUCAUUUCAGCCCUACACAACCUUGGCAUGGAGUGCCUAAGCCUGGUUCUCCGAGUUUUCAAGGGUGGCGUUUCUAACCAUCAGGUGAUGGUUUUGAAUACCCUGAAGAAGGGACUCGAUGCUGAGUCAGAGGCAAUGGGGCAUGCUAUAGGGAGCUGUUGGGCAGAGUUCCCACAUACUCGUGGGGCUGGAGUUAAGGGAGUGAAUCUCAAGGCCACCUGGGCUGAGACCUGUACCCUCCUUCUCAAUUCUGCAUCUCAUACACUUCUGUCCCUUCUUGAGGAAUACCCCAUUCCAUUGGUUGGUACCUGCCAGUUACCUUUUGAUAAGUCAAGGUUAGGAGGUAACUUGAUGCUUUGGUUGAAAUAGGUGCAUUGCUCACUGGAGGACCCACACUUGAAGUUGGAGCCCAUUGCCAAGGAUGUUGCAGAAGAUUUCAUCCGUUCUAGUUGUCUUCGAUUGCGGAAUCUUCUGUUUGCUAUCACUUGUCUCUUGAGUCAAGAGCUACCAGUGGCCAUUGAUGUGGAUCAUGGUGGGAUGCUGGCCCUCAUCCAGGAUGUUCUGCACAUUCAGCCGAGUGCCUCGUGGGCAGCAGCCAAUCCUCUUCGUAAGGUCUUCGCACAACUUGUGCCGGUCAUCCAGGGAGCUGCUCUUCACCUUCUCUCUGUCCUUGUCCUCAUCUGUGGGACCCAGAUGUUGAAGUCAGGCCAUGAAGUGGGAAGCACCCUGGUGCAACUCCUGAUCUGGACCCGACCCGACCAGGAAUCUUCUACCCGUCGUUAUUCCGACCGGAUGGUGCAGCUCCGACUCCAUUCCUAUGAAGUUUUGAAGAUUUGGUUCAAGGCCCUAGGAGGAUGUGCCCUUCUUGAGACGGGCUUGGCGGAGGUCCUGCUUCGCGAAGCCAUCCGAGACUCCACACUGGAACGAGAGGCAGGGAUUGAGGAUGAUAGAAGAAAGGAGGAAGAUCUCCUUGCCUCUCUCAAGGGACUCAGUAAAAAGAAGAGGAAGUCUGCUCUUUUGGAGGACACCAGGACAUUGACUGGGAGCCAGGAGCGGGCAGCAUAUGAGUCAAAGGCAUCGGCACAAUUGGCUGUCAGUGCCUUAACAACCCUGCAUGCCUUUCUCCACUCAAGUGGCCCUCAGGUCCUUUCUCCAUAUCUCAUGCAGACAUUGGAGGAGCAUAUGGUGACAACAUGCUUGGAGUUGGAAGUUUGUUCUUCAGGCCUCCUAUCUCCAUUCGAGGGUUGGGAGGCCAGAGUAGGUCUUUAUGACCUUCUUAUGGCCAUCUGCCUCUGUCCUGUCCCUGGCAGGCCUCCUCCCUGGGCCUAUGUCCUCCGCAUCCUUCAGAGGGGUGCUCUUGACUCUCACUAUCAGGUUUCUUCCAGGUGCCGAGAGCACCUUGGAGUAGCACGGACCAUAGUCCAACGUAUGGGAUCUCAACUGGAUGUUGGCGUUCCAUUGUCAGCUGCUGCUAACCCACCUCAAACGCGCAAGCGAAAGGCUAUUGAUCGCACAGACAUCAUUGAACCAACGAGAUUACGCCCAGGCAGCACUGACAGUGGCAUCCUUCAUGACACCUCUGCAACUGAGAUCAUUGUGUUGGACUCCUCAGUAACCUUAGAUGAGGACAAGCCAAACAGGGAGCCUCCUGUUGUGGUAGAAGUAACUCCUGUAGUGCAACAAGAGGUUGUGAAAGAUAAUCCAAAACCAUCUAGUUUUGGAUCUGAUGACCCUCUACUGGACUCGGAUUGCCCAUCUUGUGGUGUAGCUGUCCAGGAGGAGAUCAUUGACUUGGACUCUGACCCUGAAAUCUCCAGUCUGGGAGCUGUGGACAAGAAAAAAGUGGAAGAGAGGGGACAGAAGUUGCACAUGAACAACGAGAUCAUUGUGAUAGAUGACAGCAAGAACGACAUCGACCAGGGAGAGGGUGAGGGAGCCAGAAGCCUAGCAGAGAUGAUGGCAGACUUCGAUCCGAAUCCACCACCUGAUGAAGUCGUGGAAGUCUUCUAAGUCUUCUACCCUGUCUGGUUCCUUGCAAUCAUCAAAGAAUACAUUUGAGCAACAAGGAUGAUUUUUUGACCAA